AUGAUUCUGACACAGAGAAAUGUAACUUCUGAGGCCACAUUCACCCUCUUGGGCUUCUCAGAUUACCCAGAACUGAAGGUUCCUCUCUUCUUGCUAUUUCUGGCUAUCUACAGCUUCAGUGUGGUAGGGAAUCUUGGGAUGAUUAUGAUCAUCAGAAUUAACCCAAGACUGCACACCCCAAUGUACUUUUUCCUCAGCCAUCUCUCAUUGGCAGAUUUCUGCUAUUCUACUAUCAUCGCUCCCAAGAUGCUAGUGAACCUACUUGUGGAAGACAGAAGCCUCACUUUCGCAGCAUGCAUGACACAGUUCUUUCUCUUCUGCACCUUUGUAGUGACUGAGCUGGUUCUCUUUGCUGUGAUGGCCUACGACCGCUUUGUGGCGGUGUGCAACCCACUGCUCUACACUGUUGUCAUGUCCCAGAAGCUUUGCACCUGGCUGGUGUUUGGAUCAUACGCAUGGGGAAUAGUUUGCUCCUUGACACUUAUGUGUUCUGCUUUGAAGUUAUCUUUUCGGGGUUCCAACACAAUCAAUCACUUCUUCUGUGAGUUAUCUUCGCUGAUAUCGCUCUCUUGCUCUGUUUCUCAGCUCAGUCAGUUGCUUCUUUUCACAGUUGCCACUUUUAACGAGAUAAGCACACUGCUCAUCAUCCUCACGUCCUAUGUGUUCAUCAUCGGCACCACUUUGAAGAUGCGAUCAGCCAGGGGACACAGCAAAGUCUUUUCCACCUGUGGGUCCCACCUGACGGCCAUUGCCAUCUUCCAUGGCACCAUCCUGUUCCUCUACUGUGUGCCCAACUCCAAGAACUCUAGGCACACAGUCAAAGUGGCUUCUGUGUUUUACACGGUGGUGAUCCCCAUGCUGAACCCCCUGAUCUACAGUAUGAGAAAUAAGGAAGUGAGGGACACAGUCCGCAAGAUAAUAACCACAAAACUGUUUCAUGUUGGUUAUAUGCAGUAG